AUGAUUAGUUUUGGCAAGUGAGAAACACCAGAAAGGUGACAGUACUUGGGGGAAGGGGGGUGCUGUGUGAACCAUUUCUAUGGAGAGAAGGAGUCCUCUCCUAGAAUUCCCCGGAACGUGGAGCUCCGGAGAACGCUUCUCUGCCGCACCUCCCCCCCUCCACACACCCACCCCUCAGGUUGUAGGAUUACCACCUGGAUCAGGAACUUGGCGACUCUGCCCCCGAAGAGGCCCCGCGGGGGAUAGAAGAUGCCGUGGGCCGCUGGGUUUUAGGACCUCUCCACCUCUCACGCCCUGAAGCUGGGAAGGACCCCCUGCCCUAAUGCCCCUGACAGGCACUGAGAAUUGGCUGUACCAUCAGAAGGCCAAGGGAGAGGGUAGAGCAGCCCGAUGCUGAGCAAUCGGGCCCAGGGACUGUGGAAAAAGAGCUGCCUUUGUCAGCUGGGGAGGGGGAGGCGUUGGGGGAGGGGACAGCCCGGGCCCUGCUACCCCCUUCCCCAGGGCGAUCAGGCUGUUGACGUCAGCACCAAACUCCUCUGCUGGAAAGGAAAAGCAUGGGCCGUCCCCGGUGAACACCAGCAACCACAGCCGCAGAGGCCAGCAGGGAGAACGUGGCAGAGAGCCAAAGCUCCCUACGCGGGGGACAUGUGAGCCAUCCGCGGCCCGGCAGGAUUGGGGUCGGGGAAUGACGUCAGACCAGGAGCUGCCAGGCUUCUGGAUGCCUGGCUGAGGUCACUGCUGCCCGCCGAAGAAUCUGGGGCAACUGACUGAGACAAUGACUGCAUCAGCUGGGCCGGAGAUCCAGGCGCCCCCCUCGGGUGUGGGCUCACACUGGGCCCUCUGUUCCAGGAGACAGACGCUGGACAGCGCCAGGCCCCACCGGAGCAGGAGGUAGUUUGUCCGUUGCCAAGAUGAGAAAACUGAGGUCCAGACAGAUUGAGAGCCCGAUUCUGAACCCGGGCCUCUGGACCUGCUCCAAAUCUACAACUCACUCCAGGGGCGUAUUGCAAAUGACCAAGAACUGGGGCUUAUUCGAUUCGAAAAAAGCCCCCGAGCAGCUGGAAGAGCAAGGAGGGGUGAUCUGGAGAAUGACAGGUGGUCUCUUCAGCAUCACCAAGGGCGCCGUGGGAGCCACACUGGGCGGUGUCGCCUGGGUGGGAAGCAAGAGUCUGGCGUUCACCAAGACAGCCGUGACCACAGUGCCCACCGCCGGCAUGGGGCUGGUGAAGGGCAGCGUGUCGGCCGUGAGCAGCGGCGUGGGGGCGGUGGGCUCUGCCGUGGCCGGGAAGGUCCCUUUCACUACCCGGAAGAAGGAUAAAGCCGAUUAACUUCCGGUGGAAGAGCCCUCCUUGGCCGAAGGCCACGGCCAGAUCCCCAUCCGUCCCCAGGACCCCCUUUCAUUCAGAUGGGCGGGCCCCUCCCUCGUGUGGCCCACUCACUGCUCCCCAAGCCACAGCUAGAAGCGCUUUCCUCUGUGCCCCCUCCCCCACCACCACUUGGGCGAGCUAGGCAGGCUCGGGCCAGACCUGGGCCACAGCUUUCCAUGGUGUCACCCCCAGCCUGAAGCUCCAUCUCUCAAACUAGGCAGAGAAGAUGGUUCCCAGGGCCUCAGAGGGUGGCCUUCAGGGACAUACGGGGACAGACCAGGGUCAGCUGGAAAAGAAACCCAUAGAACCGCAGCUGGCCAGAGCCCGGGGCUUCUUCUGCCCACUCGGCUUAAACAUCACUGUUCUUGCCCCCAACCAAAGCCAAAGCUUCCUUCUCCUUCAGCACGGGUAGGACCGAGUUUUCUCUCUGUUCUCCUUAGCCCGCAUUUAGUGACCACACGAGUAUAGACUCUAGAACUCCAGCGCUACAGAGGGGACCUUGGGCAUCAUCCAAUCUUCAUUUGGAUAGAUUGGGAAACUGAGUCCUAUUGAUCGCCCAGGGUGACCUAUAAUGGGAUACAGGGAACAGGAGCAUUAGACACGGAUGGGUUAAGUUCUGAACUGGCCAAGUGUCAGCUUGUCCAAUGGGUGACCACAUCUGAAAAAUAACCCAUGGACUGUCAACUCCCUGAGGGCAGGGAUUCCCUCACCUUUUGUCCUGGCAUUCCUAGUGCCUACCAUACAGUGGGCACCUGGGAAAGUAUUUUUGAAUGGAAAGGAUGGGACUAAUGGCAGAGCCAGGGCCAGAACCCAAGCGUCCUACCUCCACACCACAGCGGCUGCACUCAUCUUUGCCUGCUGCCCGACUUGGAGCAGAGCACCUUGCAGCGACCCCAUAGUCUGCAUGCCUUCAGAUCCCACGAUUUCUUUAAUCACAGGGACAGGGGGUUCUCCUCUCCCCCUGAGUCCUGGAAUGUGACACUUCCUCCUCUGAACAUAAGGGGACAAGACCCUGCAGGUUUUUAGAAAUGGCCAUUCUCUGGGUGGUAGAAUGAGAGGCUGGGGGUGGGGAGAGGAAGGUUAACACUCUCUGCCAGGUCAGGGCCAGUCACAUUGAAAGUGGGAGGCCCUAAUCACUAGGAGGCCCAUAGAAAUGACCUCCCUUUAUCCUACCUCUUCUGGCUCACCGUGGUCCAAUGGACAAGGCAAGGUUGGACAAUCCCAGAAGGGAUUUGGGCAUUUGUCUGGCGACCUGUGGAGAGCUGGGGAGGAAGGAAGGGGAACAGUUGAGCUUGACACCUGACCCACCCUAAUUCUCCCCUCCCCAGUGACAUCACACAGGAAUAUCACCCUUCAGGGUCAUCCCCGUGACCUGGGCAACAUGAGACUCUCCCAGCCUCCUGCCCAGAGAUGGUCCUACCGACCACGUCAUGUAGAAUCCCAGAGUCGAAAGGACCUCGGAUGUGAACCGGUCCUACCCAUGUCUGAGCAAAAAGCCCUCCCCACAUGAGUCCUGUCUCUCCAUCUUCUCACACAUGAAGCUCUAAUGCAAGAGUUCAGGCUAGCAGAAGAAACGAGCUGCCCACCCGAGUUAGGGCCCAGCUCAGGUGAGAAGCCUUCUUUGGAGCUGGGCAACGGCCCUCUUCUUGUCCAUUCAGACUCUUCAGAGUCCUCGGAGGAACAGAUCAAGGGCCUGACCCCAAGGGGAUCUGCCUUUCCCCUCCCUCAACUCAGAAAGGGGAUGGUGAUGGGGAUUCUGGGAAAUAUCCCAUGGCCUUGUGUUUGGGGUGGGGUGGAUGUUCAUUUGGGGGGUGGAAAGCAUCUGUGUAAUUUUAAUGACAAUAAAGUUUGAAG